AUGCCCGAGAAACCUUUAUCAAAAACUGUUGACGACCUAGUGAAAUUAAUUCAGGAACAUUUGUAUGCGAAGCCAUCGUUUAUAGCUGAACGAUAUAAAUUCAGUAAACGAAACCAGCGUGAAGGGAAAACAGUCGCAGAGUACAUCGCCUGCCUCAAGAAGUUGUUAGCAUACAGCGAGUUUGGCGCGGCUCUAAACGAUUAUGCCCGAGGCAGACUGAGCGGCAUCAAAAGCGAGUCGACCAAGCAAGGACUGCUGGGAGACUACCUUGACCUUCGAGUAGGUGGUGAAAAUCGUUCAGUAGAAGCGGCCGGGAAGAAUGCAGAGACGCUGACGGUCAAUGGAGGAGUCAGCGGCGGCAGCCGGGUCCAGGGGAUAGCAGCGCAGCACCACCCCCAGGCGACAGACGGCGGCGGCAGCAGCCCGGGCCACAACGCAGCGCAUGAAGUGCAGUUUUUAUGCUGGGGGCAAUAUGGCCACUACCGGAAGCAGUGGAAAUUGUUCGGUGUUGUGUGUCAUAAAUGUGGUCAAGAAACCAUAUAUCUAAGGUAUGCUGAUCUACUGAAAUCAGUAAUUCAUCAGAAGCUAAUUUCAGUUCAAAAGAGAUAG